UCAGUGCCUCUUUCUCCGCCCCGCUCCCCCGCACCCCCAACACACUCGCACUCUGGCUCUCAAGGUGUUCUCCGCACAGCGGAAGAUGGCGACAGACUGAGGGGGCAUGGCCAGCGGGAGCCACGGGGCCGUGCCGCUUGGCGGCCGCCACAGCGGUGCUAACGGGAGACGGAAGCGAGAGGCGCACUAAGUGAAGCCCCGUGUCGGCGUCCGGUGCCUGUGGCGCCGCCAGGAGCCAGGUGGCCCGCCCGAGCCAGAACUCUGGGAGCAGCAGGCGCGGAGCCGGAGCGGAGCCGGCCCGGGACCGGCCCGGGCGAACGGCCAGAGCGCGAGCGAAGCCCGAAGGGCCGGGCAGUGGGCCGGCCGGCAGGCCUAGGAGGGCGCAAGCGAGGCAGGGAGCGGCGCGGAGCAGGCAGCAGGCGGGCGGGCGGACGAGCGGGCGGGAGCGGCGCGGCGCGGCGCGGGGCGAGCGAGCGGAGCGCGGUGGCUGGGCCCGCACGGCGGCGCUGAGGGGCGCAGAGCUGCGCUGAGCGGAGACGGCCAGAACAGAGUGCGAGCCGGGCGGCCGCCGGCGCGGAGUGGAGUGGCGCGGAGCCGAGGGCAGCUGAGGGGCCCGACACUAUGAGGAGUGCGGCGCCGCCGCCGCAGCCGCCACCGCCCCAGUGCCCCGCACCGCCCCCCGCCGGGACACCGGGCAGUGCCUAGCGGGCCGGGCGGCGGCGCCCAGACUGCGAGCGAGGGAGCACGGGAGGAGCGCGGGGACGGCACGAGAGCACCCCGCGACUCUGGCCUUGAGCGGGGCCCCGGGCCGGUGGCCUGCCUCACCAUGCAACCUCCGAGGUAGAACCUGGACGGCGCCAAGGAGCGCGAAGCGGCGCGCAGCCCGCUCGCCCGCCAGUGACGGCCGUCCGGCCGCGCGCCUACCUGAUCCCUCCAGCCCGGACCCCCCUGAAAUAUGUUCAGGGGCGCUUGGAUGUGGCCCGGGAAAGACGCCGCCGCGCUGACUAUCUGCUGCUGCUGCUGCUGCUGGGCUCCCAGGCCAAGCGACAAACCUUGCGCUGACUCUGAGCGGGCGCAGCGAUGGCGACUGUCCCUGGCGUCCCUGCUCUUCUUCACCGUGCUGCUCGCUGACCAUCUGUGGCUGUGCGCGGGGGCCCGGCCCCGGGCCAGGGAGCUGAGCAGCGCCAUGCGGCCGCCCUGGGGGACCGGCCGGGAGCGGCAGCCGAUGCCUCCUCGCGCGGUGCUGCCCCUGCGGCCGCCGCCGCCCGGCGAGCCCAGCGCAUCCCCGGGCACUUGCGGCCCCCAAUACAGCAACCUGACCAAAGCUGCCCCCGCUGCCGGUCCCAGGCCGGACUGCGGUGGCGUCCCAGAGCCCACGGGGCUGGACGCAGCUUGCACCAAAUUGCAAUCUUUGCAGAGACUUUUUGAACCGACUACUCCAGCCCCCCCACUGCGGCCCCCUGACUCCCCUUCCCGUGCCCCGGCCGAGUUCCCCUCCGCCAAAAAAAACUUGCUCAAAGGCCACUUUCGGAACUUCACUCUCUCCUUUUGCGACACCUACACGGUCUGGGACUUGCUGCUGGGCAUGGACCGCCCCGACAGCCUGGACUGCAGCCUGGACACCCUGCUGGGGGACCUUCUGGCCGUGGUGGCCAGCCCAGGCUCCGGGGCCUGGGAGGUGUGUAGCAACUGUAUCGAGGCGUACCAGCGGCUCGACCGACAUGCUCAGGAAAAAUAUGACGAGUUCGACCUCGUGCUGCAUAAAUACUUACAGGCAGAAGAGUACUCAAUCCGGUCCUGCACGAAAGGCUGUAAGGCUGUCUACAAGGCCUGGCUGUGCUCAGAAUACUUCAGCGUGACCCAGCAGGAAUGCCAGCGCUGGGUGCCCUGCAAGCAAUACUGCCUGGAGGUGCAGACCCGGUGCCCCUUUAUACUCCCUGACAAUGAGGAAAUGGUGUACGGAGGGCUUCCUGGCUUUAUCUGUACAGGGUUGCUGGAUACUUCGCCAAAGCGGCUGGAAACCAAGUGCUGUGACGUGAAGUGGGUCUCCUGUGAGUCGGAGAAGAAGAAGUUCAAGGAGACUGAGGCCCCCAAAACCCACCACCAGCAAUUCCACCACUCCUAUUUCCACCACUACCACCAACAGUACCACCACUACCAUCCCCGCCAUGACCCUCCAGGCCACAUCAGCCACAAGCCCUCCAUGCUGCCGGUCUCUGGGGGCUCCCGCCUCAGCCCCAGCAGGAUCCGGCUGUAUGUCCUUGUUCUCAUGCUCCUCCAUACCAUGGUGUCCUUCUCCAGUAGCCAGGGUGGUGGAGGACUGGGGCUGGAGGCACUGCCUACCCUAGAUGAGGGCCUGACUCGGGAAGAGUGACAGCAGGGAGGGAGGACAGACCUCCACCACACACUGACAGCAGCUCCAGCCCCCCAGGGGGAGGGGGAGGGGCUCCUCCCAUGGGAGGUAUAGGACCAGGUGGGGGGCGGGGGGAAAUGGGGGGCCACACAUCACCCCCA